GGCCUUGGGCUGAUAAUGGCUAGGCCUUGUCUAAGCCUGCCCGUUUGCAUCGACAGCCGAGCUGAAGCGUUUCUAACCGGGCCGCGCUCCAUUCCGGUCCAUCGCCCCCCCUCGGCCGCCGGCAGCCGGAACCCCAUCUGCCCCACCCGAAUACAAUGGAGACAGACCCAUCUGCGCCACCGCCUGCGGCGGAGGGCGAGCCCAGCGCCGGUCUCGUGCAGACGGUCUCCUCCAUCCUCCUCUCUUCCCAGGCCCCCAAAGCACCUCCCCUGGACCAAUCCCUCGCCCCCUUCCUCCCCCGCCUCUCCCCUCCCUUCCUCGCUCCCAUCAUAUCCGCCGCCGCUGCCGCCCCCUCCUUCUCCAGCCCCUCCCCCCUCCUCUCCUUCUACAACCUCUGCCGCCGUCGACUCCCGGCCCUCUCAAGCAACCCCGCAGCAGCCCUCCCUUCCAUCCUCGCCCUCCUCCGUCCCCUCCUCCGCUUCCACAAGUUCGCCGACGCCCAGUCCCUCCUUCUCUCCUUCAUUCCCCUCGACCGCCCUCGUCUCCUCCACCGCCACCUCCUCCGCCCCGACCACCCCCCGUCGAAGGUCCUCCUCGACACCGCCGUCUCCUCCUACGCCCGCCUCCGCCAGCCCCACCUUGCUGCGCAGCUCUUCCAGUCCAUGAAGCGCCGCCGCCUCCGCCCCUCGCUCCGCACCGCGAACAUCCUCCUCGACGCCCUCGUUCGCUCCCCCUCCCCCGCCUCCGUCCCCCUUGCCGUCUUCCACGACCUCGUCGACCUCGGCGUCGCCCCCAACACUCCCACCUUCAACAUCCUCGUCCACGGCUUCUGUUCCCGCGCCCAGUUCGCCGACGCCCUUGCCCUCCUCUCCACCAUGGAAGGCUUUGGCUGCUCCCCCGACACCAUCACCUACAACACCAUCCUCGACGGCUACUGCAAGAAGGGCAUGCUCAAGGAGGCCCGCGACCUGCUCGCCGAAAUGAAGGCCGGGGGACUGUCCCCGGACCGCUCCACCUACAACACCCUCGUCGCUGCCUACUGCCGCCUCGGCUGGCUGAAGGAGGCAACCAAGGCGAUCGAGAUCAUGACGGCGUCCAACUUCCUCCCCGACCUCUGGACCUACAACAUGCUUGUUUCCGGGCUCUGCCGGGAGGGCCGGAUGGACGAGGCUUUUCGGUUGAAGGACGAGAUGGAGAAGCUCCGAGUGCUGCCCGACAUUGUCACCUAUAACACGCUCAUCAAUGGGUGCUUUGAGUGGAGGACUGGCUCGGAGGCGUUCCAGGUAUUGGAAGAGAUGCGGGAGAAGGGCGUCAAGCCGAGCUUGGUCACACACAACACUAUGGUCAAAGGGUUGUGCAAGGAAGGGAAGAUGGAUGAGGCGGUUGAUUCUUUGAGGAAGAUGGAAGAGCAGGGCUUGUCGCCAGACCUCAUAACGUACAAUACUUUGAUCAGUGCAUACUGUAGAGCAGGGAAUGUGGCCAAAGCUUUCAACUUGAUGGAUGAGAUGGUGGGGAGAGGUCUCAAGAUGGACACUUUCACUCUCAACACUGUCAUUCAUAACCUCUGUAAGGAGAAGAGGUUUGAUGAAGCGUGUAGACUGCUCCGUAGUCCCCCAAAGCGGGGUUUCGUUCCUGAUGAGGUCAGCUAUGGCACAGUCAUUGCUGCAUACUUUAAGGAUGAGAACCCAAAUGAGGCAAUGAAGCUUUGGGAUGAGAUGAAUGAGAGAAAGAUAAUGCCAAAUGUAGCAACCUACAAUGCGGUGAUUGGUGGUCUCUGCAGGUUGGGCAAGACCGAGGAGGCAAUUAAGAAACUGAAUGAGCUUUUGGAGAGAGGACUGGUGCCGGAUGAGACUACCUACAAUACUAUUAUUCAUGGGUACUGUAGAGAAGGGGAAUUGGAGAAAGCAUUCCAGUUUCAUAAUAAGAUGGUGGAGAAUUCAUUCAAGCCGAAUGUUAUUACCUGUAAUAUUCUUAUGAAUGGGCUCUGUAAUGAUGGUAAGGUAGAAAAGGCUCUAAAACUCUUUGAAUCAUGGGUGUCAAAAGGGAAGAAGGUGGACAUUAUCACAUACAACACUCUGAUAAAAGGGCUGUGCAAAGAAGGGAGGAUCGAUGCUGCAUUAGAGCUUUUUGCUGACAUGGAAGAGAAGGGUUUGCAUCCUGAUGCUUAUAGCUACAAUGUUGUUCUAUGUGCACUUACCGAAGUGGGAAGAUCAGAAGAAGCACAAAGCCUGCUGUCUAAGAUGGUUGAAACUGGAAAGUUGCCAGAACAAAUCACAUUUCCUUUGUCAGAAGAAGCCAUGUCUGAAGCUGGAAUAGAUAGGAAACCAGAGACGACGCAUGAUGGAAAGACAGCUGAAGAUCUGAAAGAUAAUUCAGCAACUUUUUUGGAAUGCAUUGGUGAUCUGUGCAACAGUGGGCAAUUCAAAGAGGCUAAGCUUGUCUUGGAAGAAAUGAUGGAGAAAGGUAUAGCUGUUAAGAGUUCUACAUAUGUUACUUUGAUGGAUGGAUUUAUCAAGAGGCAAAAGAGAAUGACAAAAGGAGGGGGAUAAAAUACCCGCUUCAAGCCUCCAUGCUUGUGCAAUGCCAGUCAGUGCAAUGACCAGCAUCUGAACAUUGAUUCAUGAAUUAGAACAUUAAAUUGGUAAAACCCUUGCCAGAAGCUCAAAGUGGUUGGACGAAUUUGAUUUGGCCAACAAGUUGAGGUGAGAUCAUGUGACACAGUUACACUUGUCUUUUUUUUUAAAAUAAUUUUCUGGUACUAAUAUGCAAGAGAGAGUUCUAAUAAACCUUAAUGAUCACAUAUUGGCAUGUGUCAAUUAAAAAAAAAAAACAAUUUAAAUUUUAUUGACUUGAAGACGGCAAAAUCCAUGGAACCACUGAGAACUACUCGUACAUUUCUGUACAACCUCUGUAUUAUUUCUGAUGGGUUUCUCAUUUAUAUUCCAAAAACUUUAUUUUCUCUUUACGAAAGCUUUUUGAUGUCUGUAUGUUGUAUUGCUCUUGUGGUAGUCUCCCAAUGUUUGCUUAUGAAACCUAGUCUAUAUGUUUAUUCUAUGGUCGAGGAUGUUAAUCAAAUACAUCUAAAUAUCAGUGAAAAUUUUUCUAUUUGGGGAGUAUCUCCUAGAUUGCCAUGCACAAAUUUAAUUUUUUCAGUAAUGCCAUUUAAUAUGCAUAGGAUGCUAUGGCUUCUGAAUGUACCUAUUUAUUGGGAUGGAGAAAGGUUUCAGUUGGUUUCCUCAAUUUGAGGAAAUCUUAAGAGGAGUUGAUGGUAAAUAGCAAGACUAAGAGGCUCCUAGGGAAGUUGUGGUCCCUCUCAAGAUAUGGAAAACUUUUAUAUGGAUGUAAGGAGAAAAAGGGAAGGUAAGACCGAGAGUUUAGGGAGGUCGAGGAGAUUUUAGUAUCCAGUGCUUUUUUUUGACUCAUUUUUUCUUUGCUUCUCGCUCUCUCUCUCCCCCCCCUCUCUCUCUCUUUCUGUCUCUUUUUUUUCCUUUUUUUCAGAGGAGCUAGGCAGGGAAGAGCCUUUAAUUAAGGUUGACCGUGGCAAAACAAGAGUGCAGCUUCAACCGAUCCCCGAUCUAGCGACAUCUUUGGCAGGCGAUCCUCGAGGAGAAACUGAUACGAACAUGGCCGAAUCAUGAUCAAUCUGAGCAAACCCUGCCUAGAUAACCACUGUGUUGAACUUCUAAAUCAGAUGCUCGAGGGGCUUGAAGAGACCAUAGAUCGCUUUGCGUAAGGGGUAGACAAGACAAGAGGAGGAGCGGAAUGUUGUCCGGAGGAGGCUGCAUGUACACCUACAUUCAUGAGGCAUGAGAAGGUGAUUCUUUUUGGUGCUUUAGCCACGGGAGAUACGGCGGAUGGAACCUGUUGGGCACUUGCCUUGUCAACAAAAUUUCAUGGGCUUAUAUAACAUAGUACUUGACUUCCGAAUGGCUAAAAAAUCUGAGCAUUUAUUGAUAUGGCCCACUAGAUCUAUUCCAAUUCACUGUGCAUGUUUGGUUAAUGGACUUAGUCUCUCAUGGGGAUUACAAGCAAAAGCAUUUCGAGAUCGGUGUGGUGGGUGGUGAUGCAAGUGGUUUAAUUUGGUUCUGUCUGCAUGACUUGAUGUUUUUGGAAAUUAUUUUGUGUUUAUGAAUUUGUCAGGUACCAUACCAAUUUUUAAACAGGUUUA